AUGUCCUUGAAACCACAGAAGCUCGGCAAGCCGCUCAAGGCACCACCGGUGCCAAGCCCGAGUGCGAGUAUCAUGCUUCUCUCGCCGACGAACCAGCUCCUCCUCCUGCAUCGGGUGAAGACUUCGUCAUCCUUCGCGUCGGCCCACGUGUUUCCCGGCGGUAACUGUCAUGCGUUUCAUGACGGGCCGAUUCCUGGUCCCAACGACCCGAAGCGGCAUAUCGAUGGGGACGUGUACAAGCUCGCUGCGAUCAGGGAGACGUUCGAAGAGAGUGGGAUCUUGCUGGCCCUGGAUCGGGCUGGCAAGCUCCUCUCCCUCUCCGCUGAGGUGAGGGCGGCUGGCCGUAAGGCCGUGCAUGAGAACAAGGUCGCAUUCCCGGAUUGGGUACGGCAACAAGGAGGCGUGCCCGACACGUCUGGCCUUGUUCCGUUCACGCGUUGGAUCACGCCGGCAGCUACACAUCUCAAGAAGCGCUUCACGGCGCAGAUGUACGUCUACCUCCUCCCUUUUGAGUGGGUGAACGAGGCCGCAACGCAUGACGGUGGCCUCGAACACACGGCUGCCGACUUUGACGACGUGUCCACCUGGAUCCGCAAGUCGCUCCAGAACAAGAUCAUCCUCUUCUCGCCGCAGGCCUACCUUAUCAACAUGCUAGGCCAGUUCUUCACGGGCGACAAGGACUAUGGGGCGCAGCGGGAGAGGCUGCUCGAGUUCAUCGGGACCGUGCCCACCGGCUCCACCGACCACGCCACAGCCCUGAUCCCGUGGGCGGACAAGGUAAUGUCCCCCUCUCCUCUUCCAGGCGUGCAGUUUGGGGACGGGCGAGUCGUGAUCCGCAAUGACGACCCUGGACCAGAACUGCGCGGCUCAGGGCGCGGUGGCGACUGGGAUCGCGUGAUUGUGAGCUCGCUUGGCCCGGACGGCCGGGACGGUGGCAAGAUGAUGUGGCGCAAGGAGGUGCUCGCUGCUGCGGCAGCUGAGCGUGGGGCAGAGGCCAAGUUGUAG